GCGUUUGAAAGUUGCAAACUUUUGACCGGAAAUUUUGAUUUUCUACAGUCAGAGUGUAAAGAGGGAGAGUCAAAGAUUAUUGAAGAGCGUUGCUGUAUUCACUAAACAAAUAAAAAGAAGUAAACGUUUGAUGCAUUAAGGCAAGUUAAGGCUACACCCUACUAUACACAACUUAACGCUGUUUCUUCAAGGGUGUGGUCGGUUCCGCUGUAAAGGUCAUACCAUGGGAUCAACAGGAAGCCAGAUGAUCAGCAGUUCACCUAAACAAGAGUCUUUUUCUGUAAGAAGCAAACAUCUUCAAAGAGUGAUGGAUCCUCGCUCUCCAAGUGCAGGCAUCUCAAGAACUCCAAUACAGGUAAAGGAAAUUGCCUCAACAGAACCCCAAAGUUUAUCUAAACAUACUGAGCUCUGUGAAGACCAAGAGGACAGAACAGAUCCUCGUUCUCCAACACGGGAUAUUUCACGUACUCCUCUAAAGUCGGUUCUUGCAGACAAGAUGAAUGCCCUUGUGCGACCACUUGUUGACUUGUUUGUAAGUGAGGGUUCAGAGCCAAGUACAACUGAUGAAAUACAGGAGGAGUCGACAACUUCUCAUUAUGACACAAUGCCAUUAACUGAGGAGACCGUAACUGCACAACCUACGGAAGAGAAGAUUUCAGGUUUACAAGAGCCAGGCAAUGAUGCAACAAAGAUCUUAAGCCUACCUCAGCAGGAGACGCUUGAGGAAGAUGAAGGAAAUUUUCCAAUAAAACAUUCUCUUAUCCUAAAUUCUGAUAGUCCAGCCCUUUUGGAUUUGGGAUCAUCUGAAUAUAGCCACAGGUCGCUGGCUCUUUCUGCAUCUGACAAUUCUUCAGAACCCCAGACCCCCGAUUUGUUAAUUUCAUCUCAGUCUACUGACACAAAAAACAUGAUUCCCUCAGAGAUGAUAAAUGAUGCAGAAAAUCUUGUUGUGGUUCGACAGACACAGCUUUCAAAAACUAAAGUGAAGAGUCGGAAGUCUCAGAGUAAAACCAAUAAGAGAGUUCUUCUUGGACAACAGGAAGGAGGCAACCGCUCACCACUGCAGAUACUAAAUAACUCUGAAAACAACUCUCCCCGUGCACUUCAGGUGAAGAGCAUUUCCAUAGGAGACCGUGAUGGAAAUGGUAUAAAGACACCAAUAAGACCUAAUUGGGCAACUCUAUAUGACAGCUUAAGUGGAGACAAGGAAAACCAGCAAAAUUAAUUUUCUUUAGUCAUGUCUGAUGAACUGUAAAACCGCUAUACAGACACAUUAGUGUCAGUGUGGGGUAUAUUUUAAAUAUUCGCAUUUUUAAUUAUCAGUUUUCAUGUUACGUUAUACCAAACCAUGAACCACUGCCAACUUAUGGAAACUUCUUGGAGUCGGAAAAAAGUGCAUUUUUGUUGGUACUAGAUAAUAGGGAGUGUUGUGUUUUCUGCAUGCGGGGGCACUUGUGGAAAUGACAUCCUGAAGCGCCUUCCCUUUUUAUUUACUAUACCUGACUGGAUGCCCAAGGUCCUGUUUUAUUGCUUCACUACUAUGUAAAUAUGUUUGUGUGUUUGUUUUUUUUAAUAGUUAGGUUCUUAGUGUUUGGUAUGUUAUUCUUGUCACUAUGUUGAGAAAGUUUAUCUUUGUGCACUAACUUUUUUUUCUGAAUCAAGCAAUGACAGUUCUUAAAUGGGACAGCAUCAGAAUGUCCUACCAGAUUUCAAGCCAAAUGAAUGAAUGUGCCAAUGAAGAGAAAGAUGAUGGUUGUCUUGUAAAAUCAUUUAGUGAGUUGAGAUAUGAAGUCUGGCACUUUUGUGGAAAGAAACGUAGCUGUGAUUCAAGACACAGUUGUACAAUGCAAUAAACUAACUUUAUUUAUAUUAAUGUCACUGUAAAAUACAAUGAGUUUUGUGCUGAUUUAAUUUUU